AUGUCAGACACCGAAUCAGAAUCGGAGCUACAAGAGCUUUUAUCUGUUCCGGGUGUGUACAAGGAAAUUGAAGUUCCUAGGGCGUCAAUUAAUAACAAGCCCCUAAUAAACAACAUCCUACGACAGAUAAGCAAGUCGUUCCCCUGGAUUGAACGCCUUGAUGUUGUAACUGUACCAGCUCCACCUCCGAAGGACACAGAUCUUGAAAACGAUUUCGCUAAAGUCGACCCCAACGAUGAUUUCAAACGGGAGGCUCUCUUUUAUCGUGUUGCGCAGGCUGCAGUUCUAGAGGCAAUUCCUAAACUACACGAACUUGGGAUCCCAACAAAACGGCCAAAUGAUUAUUUUGCAGAAAUGAUUAAGUCAGACUCCCAUAUGGCAAAGGUGCGUGAACACAUUGUGGUGAGUAAGAAACGCCUGGAAAUGCGAGAGAGAGCUAGACAGCUCCGUGAACAGCGCAAAUUUGGCAAGCAACAGCAGAAAGAAAUUUUGGAAGCGCGGCGUCUGGAGAAAAAGAAGCACAUGCAGACUCUCAAAGCAGCGAAAAAGCGGCUUGGUGGCAAGGAACAGGCGCAGCUAUUGGAGGAAUUCUUGCGGAGUGACUCAAAACAAUCGAAGGGGAAACCUUCACGUGGUGGGAAUGAGGCGACUCUGGACAGAAAGUACUUCCGACCCGCCGAAUACGCCAAACGUCGAAAGAUAAACCAUAGGCGAGCGUACAAGAACCAGAAGUACGGAUUCGGUGGCCAGAAGAAGCGUUCGAAGCGCAAUGACGCCCAAUCAAUUCGCACCACCGCGAAGGACGAGGUGAGUGUGCUCACACACACCGCCUCCGCAGAGCGGAUCAAGCGGCUGGGCAGGCUAAUGCAGAAGACCCGUCGACGCAACGCCCAGCGCCAGCGGAAGAGGGCCUCCGCCAACAAAAUUUAG